CGAAUUUUCAAAUUACGUACCAGUGGUAAACUCAUUUGGCGCCUUUUACCGAGAUCAGCUGUCUGUGUCAAAAUGGCGCUCCCAAAUGGAUAUGAUAAACUAACGAAGGAUUUCGAUAGCUUCUGGCUAAAAUUUUAUAAAAGCAGUUAUUUGUCGCCAGAUUUCCAGAAAUUACCUAGGUGUUGGAAUGUUAAGGAUCGAUCGCGAUCAUUGAGAUUAUCUCAUUUCGCACUUACUGUGUCUUUUAGUAGCGGAUUUAAUGAACGCAAUGGUCUUUUGAAAUUCGGAAUAGGUUAUUUUUAUUUUCAGAUAGUAGUUAUAGUGGUCAGGAAGCGGCUUGUGUCCGUUCAGAUGCAUCUAUUCCUCUGACAACUGGAAUAUAUUACUUCGAAAUAACGCUGCUUAAUAAGGGUUCUAAUGGGUAAUUGGCUAUUAUCUUUCACUCCUGGGUUUCUUCCUAGUUGUCUGUCUGUUGGGGUCUCAAUGAAGACUUCCAGCCUCAAUAAAUUUCCGGGUUCUGAAAACAAUUCAUUUGGCUACCAAUCAGAUGGUUGUGUUUAUCAUGGCUCACCCACAUUAUCGACGAAGUUCGGUCCUCGCUUCAGUGAAAACGAUAUCAUUGGUUGUGGUGUUGAUUUCCUUUCACAAAGCUUGUUCUUCACUCGCAAUGGCAUCUUUUUAGGUAAAGCUUUUGAAGGAAAAGUUCCAGUUGGUGCUGGUACACGUUUGUUUCCCACUAUAGGGCUACAGGGUCGUGGAGUUCGAGUAACUACCAAUUUUGGACAACAUCCUUUUUAUUUUGCUUUUGAAAACCAUCUUAAGACGGAACGCAUAUCUCGUGAAAACAAACUGAUUGAGCGUACAUGUAAAGAAGAUUUUGCUGGAAUAAAAAUAAAAGAGCUUGUAUCUGGAUACCUCGUUCAUCAUGGUUACGUUGCAACAGCCAAAGCAUUUUCUUAUUGGUCCAACCUCGCAUCCUCUGUUCAGAAUUCAGAAUUUCAAAAAGAUCAAUUACAGAUUUUCAAUGAAAAGAUAUCGAGUCGGUCAAAUUUAGUAUCUAGUUCAUCCGAAACGAAUGUUGAUGUAAAUUCGGAUGUAACGUACAAGGAACCUAAUCCUUCUGUACUCCAGCGCCGUCAUAGUGAUAGCUCUUGUUUAGCUCCAGAAAUUACGAAAUCUCAUUUAGGUCAACUCCCUGGCAUUGCAAGUAUGCUGCACCGAAGACGAUUGCGAGCAUUGUGCCGACGAUGCCAAUAUGGGAGAGCUGCUGCUACUCUAAAUCGCUUCUAUCCCCAAGUUCUUGAGCGUUGUCCAGAACUACUAGUUCAGCUUCGUUGUCGACAGUUAAUUGAAAUGAUGCGUCGUCAUGCUGUCAGACGUGGUCGUAGUCAUGCAUCCAACUCAGGAAGUGAUUUAAACGAUUCCAAUUCAACUACAGCUCCACCAAAAGUUCAGAGAGUGUCUGGGUCUCUUCAUGUUGGUUCAGGGUGUUGUGUAACUAAUAAACCGGAUAAGUUAUCUCAAGAUACCUCUAGUUCUGUUCAGAUGAUAGUUGAGAAUGGCUUACCGCCCUUGUCAAUGGAUGUAGAUCCAGAAAAUGUACUCAAAGCGCCUUCUCUAGAAAAUGCAGUUAAAGUGGUGGGACAAAAAACCAAAGUAGAUCAGGAUUGCAAUCUGUUUACAGAACUUGAUGAUGAUUUGGAAACGGUUGAUGUUGAAGACGAAGAGGAUGACGACGGUUUUGGAGUUGAUGAUGAUACAGGUGUGUGUAUUGACAUUCUUUUGCCCCAUACCAAUUCAAAAUCCAAACUGUCUAGUAAUGGGUCAUAUGUACCUUCAGGAAUGGAUGCCGAUAAUGGAAUGUCCUCUGCGGGAUCAACAUCUAAGCCAACAGAAGAUGUUUCUUUCAAUUUAUCUGCGAAUUCCGAAUUGGACAGUGAUGAUGAAAUGCGAUGCUUGCUAAGACAUGUUCAAUUUGGUCGAUCGCUUGUAAACUUAGUUAGACAAGUUCGAGCAAAAACAGGUGGUUUAUCUUUAGAAACUGAACGUUUACUACAGCAAUCUGUUAGUUUAUUGGCCUAUCCAUCACCUACAUCAAACGAUUGUCCUUUACGUGGUUUACUAGAUCCAGUAUGGAGAGAUACUAUAGCCAGUGUUAUUAACAGUGCUGUCUUAAAGGCCCAUGAUCUCCCAGCUCAACCAGCGCUCGAACACGGUCUUCGCGCAUUGCAGCGUUGUUUCCAAGAUAAAAACUUUGUCGAAGCCCAAACUCUUGGCCACUUUCUACUCUAUCACUUGACACCCGCACAGAUAGCUAAAGCAGACGAGGAGGUCGCAGCUCUAGAAGCUUCUAUAGAGCAUCAAAGUGGAAAACGUUUAAGAUCUUCACCUUCACAAUCAAAUGGUGACCAAAUAAAUGAUCCUGAUGACAAUACUUCUUCUGGCUCUCAUGGCAACGAAAUCAAUGGUCAUAAUGCAAUCAGACGUAGAGCUCGUCGUCGAAGACGACGGCGAGUUGACGGAACCGUAUCAGAAAGUCAAUCUUCUGAACACACUGAUGAGUGCAACUCUUCAGUAGAGGAAGUCAAUAAAGAAGAUGAUGAAGAGGAAGAGGAAGAUGAAGAAGGACGUUGUAAUUCUGAGGAUGACGACGAUGAUUUUGACAACGAUGAUGAUGAAGAAGACGGUUCAUCAGCUGUUCCUUCUCGCCGACCUAACACACGCAGUAGCCAAACAGCAUCAGUUGGAGCACAAAACGAUAGUGGCUUUUCUGAAAGUAGGGGUUCAAAUGGUGGUUCCUCUGGUCGAAAUCAUUCUAUUUAUUCUUCAAAUACUGCUUCACUUACACCUACUGGAACUGUAGCACCAAAUAUCCGCCUUGGUCGCCAUACAGAUUUAACUCGAUACCUUCCUUCAUUUCUAUAUUCCAAUCAUACAAGAUUGAUAACAUCCGUUUCAAGUUCUUCAGUUCCCACUCUUCAUCGUUCAAGCGCCCCUAGUCGUCGUUUUACAACAUUAACUACCUCUGCUCGUGUUGACAGUAAUCAUUCCCGUAGAUGUGAGACAGUAGACAGUCAUUUCGAUUCUGCUUUUCGCGGUCUAUUAUCAAUGUCAUAUCCUCACCGUGCAGAAUUUCUUGCAGCUAUGGAUGACGCUUUAAAAGCAUAUGCUGGAUCUCUUUUGCUCACCGAAGAUGAACAAAUCGUUGCAUCUAAUCCACAACAUGGAUAUUUACAACGCGAUCCCCCAUCACCUACUGGUGGAGGUUCCUGUACCUAACAAUUUCACCCUAAAAAUUAUUCACUUUCAGGAUUGUACAUGAUAAUUCUCAGAGAAAAGAAAAAGCAAUUAUUGUUCAGUCCUCUUAUAUAUUUGAUUAUUUCCAUAACAAACAAAUAAAAAUUUAUCAAAGUCAACUCUUUAUUUUCUGUCUCAAAAUUUAAUAUUUAGUUUUGAAAUUUUCUAUUCUGUUUAUUCACAACUGUACAAAAUGUGGAUACUGUUGAACAACAACCAACCUAGUCAUCAUGCGCUAUAUACAUUAAUAUUCUGUCCUCACAAAGGAAAAUUUAAUUCAUUUUCGACCUUACUAACUUAUCGAUGUUGAGGAUUUUUGAUUUCCACCUUGCUCUCAAUGUGAUUGAUCCUAUUUUGUGUUUCUCUCCAUUGCUGUUAACACAUGUUGGUUAUAAACCAUGGAAUUUUUUUCAAAUUUUCAAUCACAACCAAACGUUCACACACACGACUCACUGUAACCUUUGUUUUUGAUUCAGUUCAGUAAUUUUUAACGAUCAAUUAUUUCAUGUAACAGUAGCGGUAGUAGUAUUUCUAAGUAAAAGUUCCAUUUCUGUUAUGCAGGAUAAAUCGACUGAGGGUGAUAUGAUUACUCAUUUUAUUCCUUCUUCAGUAAAGGAAAUGUCAUUUUAGAACUGUCCUGUUAAAUGAUUCAAUUUUGCCUAACCAUUAGCUGUAACAGUAAAAACUAUCAUUAUCAAUUUAUCUUUGUGAAAUAGAGAAAAAUUAUUCAUAUACCGUUUGACUGUUGUUACUAUUGUAAACAAUAUGUUGAAUAAAUAGAUAUAAUAUGAGGAAUGUCUGGUUUCACAUAAUUUAUCUGACGAUAACAACUGAGAUUUACUCUUUUACCUCACCUCCUUUUUCUCCCAUGGUCUCUGCAUUUCUUUUUUUGUUUCGAAUAAACAAAACCCAACAUUCGUAGUAGAUGAAGAGAUAAACUGUAAACGAGAAUUCGGCACUUUAAUUUAUGCCAAGUAAACAACUGAAAAGGGAAGUUUUCAGUGGUUGUUUCCCACUUUUCUUUCCUUUAUUUUCCUUUCUCCCACUUGUUGUUUUUAUGGUUAUUACUAUCCUUGUUUAUCUGCAUUCUGUCGAUUUUUUUUCUGAAGUUGAAUAUAUAAGCUUUUUUCGUUUUAAAUUCAUAUUAACAUUUUAAUUGACCUGCAUUACUCAUUGUUUUCUUCAUAAUCAUUCUUGUUGUUCAUAAUAAUAAUAAUAAUAUCAAUAAUGGUAAUGACAAUAUUAGUGAUAUAUAUAUAUAUAUAAUGAAUACAAAGUAUUGUUCAC